CGGGUGAAUCCUCGAACAAUCACCCCCAGUGUUCGUUGUCACCUCUGACAGAGCGGAGGCUGAUCAAUCUGGAGAAUCAGCUCAGCUCAUUAGUCGCGAUGCAAUUGAUGCGACUGAACGAACCGAUUUCGUCCAGAACUACUCCCGUCCCUCCUCCCCCGGCUCCCGCUGCAUCGUCCUUGCAACCGACAACUGUGGGCUCGGAUGUUUUCAAGAGAGACACCGGUGGCGAGGAGACAGACGAUACCGGUGAGGUAGAUUUCCCUUCUGGUCGAAGAACAGUGACCAAAAUGCUCGGAGAGAGCGUGGACAAUCGUCAUACCCGAUCGAAAUCACGCGGAUCUAAUAAUGAGGCAUCGGUCAAAAAACCAAUGGAAGAACAAAAUUCCGCGCAGGCUAUUGCCCUCAAAACUGAAGAUACAGUUCGAGUGCAAUCGAUCUAUGCAUCCAAUUCCGGUUCAUCGAAUAGACUCCAUCCGCCUUCAUUACCAGAUGAAAAUAUGUGCCGUCCGAAUUGCCCGCCCCCCGCGGAGGAUCAUCCACCAGGGGCACCGAAGCGACCAUCCGGGACCGCCAAACCGUCGAAAUCACCCAGUCCGCAUCCAACUCAUGGGAAACCGAUUUUUCCUCGCCGACCAAGUUCCACACCUGGUGCCAGUGUGGAACUAUCUCGGACUGUGCCGUCAGCGUCCACGGGUAGCGAGUCGAGUGCGCCGGUGAAAAAUCAAUCCCGCCGAAAUGGUCAGGGAAUGAAACGGGGUGACACGCAGGACUCCUCGCGUCCGACGACCAAAUCCAAUGGCGGUCCGCUUCCGAACGGCGUGUCAGAGAAGACUCUCGGGCAGCAGGUUCUGAAGGAAUUGGAUUCGGAGCGAUUUCAACGCAAAGAAGCCGAACAACUUUGUCGUGAUUUGACUGAUAGAAUUCUACGGUUAGAAGCUUCCGGUAAGUCGUGGAUUGUGCAUCAUUCCUAUAGUUGA